GGGAGUCAUCCGGAUAAGCAUCAUCUGGAUCGAGUGUGCGUAAAAGCGCAGCGGCGGCACAUACGCUCAACUUGGCGCAGAGGGACGAGGGAAAAGGCAGCUGGGUCCAGGCGCGGAGGAAGCUCCAGCUGCUGCCCAGAGAGGUCUAGAGAUGGGAGCGUUCAGCCGACAGAAGUUCUUCCAGGAACUCGCUCAUGGCUGCCUGCUGCCUACGGCUCAGCAGGGCCUGGAGCAGGUAUGGCAGCUGCUGGUUAUCUGCCUGCUGUGUCGGCUUCUCUGGAUGUUAGGCCUCCCGUCCUUCGUGAAGCACCUGGGCACAGUGGCCGGAGGCUUCUACGCUCUCUACCUGUUCUUUGAGCUUCACAUGAUCUGGGUGGUCCUUCUCAGCCUUCUCUGCUACCUCUUCCUCUUCCUGUGCCGCCACUCCACCAUGAGAGGCACCUUCCUGUCCAUCACCGUGCUCAUCUACCUGCUGUUGGGAGAACUGCACAUGAUGGACACCACCAACUGGCACAAGAUGAGAGGUUCACAGAUGGUGGUGGCCAUGAAAGCCAUCUCUCUGGCCUUCGAUCUGGACAGAGGCGUUGUCCCCAGCGUCCCCUCACCCAUCGAGUUCAUGGGCUACAUCUACUUUGUGGGCACAGUCAUCUUCGGUCCCUGGAUCAGCUUCAACAGCUACAAAGAAGCUUUGGAUGGACGUAAGCUGAGCUUUUCGUGGUUUUUAAAAGUGUCUGUGAGCUGGGUGAAGAGUCAGGUCUGCCUGGUUAUUUCCAACUGUGUGGCACCGUACCUCUUCCCUUAUUUCAUACCUGUCUACGGAGACAAGCUACUACGAAGUAAAAAGAGGAGGAAGAUCAGAGGCACACUGGCAAAGUGGUUGCUGGCGUAUGAGAACACGAUGUCUUUCCACUUCAGCAAUUACUUCGUCGGGUAUUUCAGCGAGACGACCGCCACUCUGGCUGGGGCGGGCUUCACCGAGGAGAAGGAAAACCUCAAAUGGGACAUGACCGUGUCCAAGCCCCUGAAUAUAGAGUUUCCUCGGUCGAUGGUGGAGGUGGUAACGUCCUGGAAUCUGCCCAUGUCUCGCUUCCUGCACACCUAUGUUUUUACGAGUGCUCUCAAAUUUGGGACUUUCUCUGCCAUCAUGGUGACAUACACAGCCAGCGCUCUCCUGCAUGGUUUGAGUUUUCAUCUGGGCGCAGUGCUGAUGUCCCUGGGGUUCAUCACGUACAUCGAACACGUGUUGCGGAAGAGGCUCGCAGCCAUUUUUAAUGCCUGUGUUCUGUCAAAGAAGUGCCAGCCAAACUGCACCCAUCGAAACAAAAAGGAGCUGUGGGUCUAUGUGAUCAACAUAGCAUUCAGCGCCUUGGCAAUACUCCACCUGACGUACCUGGGCUCUGUGUUCAACUCCAGUGUGGACUACAUGGAGGAGGAUGAGGACGAUAUCACCCAUCAUACCAUUCAGAAGUGGUCAGAGCUGAGCUGGACGAGCCACUGGGUCACGUUCGGAUGCUGGGUACUGUACCGCCUCGUUCUCUAAUAACAAGGGACCAGUGAACGGGGGAGGAAAGCAAUAAUGAGAGACAGAGUCAGGCUGGUUCUCCACUUCUGCACUGUGACUUUAUCCUGCAUCACGCCGAAGAGAACAGAUUCAACCUGCAGCGACGUUGGCUGGUUAAUGUUUGAAUUAAAUCUACCUGGGACAAGUUUGGAUAUCCAUGAAACGUUAGCCCGCUCCUCUCCUCCUUCCUUUUCCCCAUAUCGCCUCCUUUUUUUGUUUUGUUUUAUCCGAGCUGCAGUUAUCGAGCCGUCGUGUUGUGACAGCAGUUACCAAUGUCUCACUGUGAGUCACAAUCAAUACCUAUCAGCAUGGAGGAGAUCUGCUGCUCCUUUCUGUGGACACGCGAUAGAGCCCGUUAUCUUUUCACCACGGACCGCGGCUGAUGUCCUCCAGGUGUGGUUUCCCUUCAGCUCGAGUGUUUUACAAUCAGUAGUUUUAGGUCUGAAAGGCAAAACCGACUGUGUUCUGAUAGUCAACGACAAAUCCCAUUGAAAAAUAAAAGCCACAAUGAAACAGCACCUCUCUCAGUACGGUCUGACUCCCCCGGACUGUCUGCGUGGGGCCCACAGCUCCAAGCCUAUUUACUCCACUUUGGUUUUUCCUAAAGGUUAAAUCGUUUCCUAAACAGCUGGCCACACAAUGUGUUUGGUUCUCUGGUGACUCUUGAGGGCUGCAGAAUUUGUGAAUGAAAGAAUCUGUCAACCAAUGGCAGAAUAAUAAGCUAUAUCAAACUGUGGCUGUAGGUACAACACUGUCCAGAGAGUCGACUCAUUGCUGGAUUUGUCUUUUGUUUCUUGGGAUUUGUUUGCCGCAAGAAAAAUAGAGAAUUUCUCCACAUUGAUCCUUUAGCAGAGCUUGUCUCUUGAGCAUGUGUACGAGAACGAUUUUACUUAUGAAUAAAAUAAAAAAGCACAGGUUGUUGUUAUGAAGCAGCAAUUUUAUCAUCACCAAUAAGAAUCAUUAUGACCUCCCCCUUUUGUGAAUUUUAGAUAAAGAGAAGUAAUCAGUAAUGAGUUCAUUUUUGUGGUGCGGUCUCCUGAUAGUGUUUGUAUUUAGUUUUGUGUUCUUCAAAUUAAACUUAUAGUAGUUGUGAACCAAACUCUUUCAUUCGUAUUGAAAAUAAAAGGUAGAGAGUCAGGGUACUGCACAUGUGUCACUGUAGAGCAAACUAUGUUUAAACCUCCUUUCCACCUUUAUAAGACUGAAUUAUACAUGAUAUUGAAUAUUUAUCCUCAAAGUGCAGAUUUUUAUGACACUGCUGCUUUUAAUGAUGCGUUCACGUAACUGAUGAAGGAACCUUAGCGUCUGUAUCAGAUUGUGAUCACAUUCUUGUCUUUCUUUGAUUUAGAAUGUCAAAGGAUUUGCUUCUUAACUGAGAUGUAGUGUUUUAGAUCAGAGCCUGAAUGUUCAGUCUCCGCAGACCUGAUUCCCCUCACAGUGUUUUAAAUGCUAUUAUAAUAUUUUAUUCAAGAUUUUUCUCCCUGUAAAUGUGAAGGCACUGAUACACCUGUGAUAUU